UAGACCAAUAGUGACAAGGGGCGGACAUUUUGAAGUGAGCGAGGAAAAAUGGCGACCAUCGCGAUGAAGUUGAAAGGGACUGUUUACACAACAGUAAUGAAUUUACCGUACAGUCUGGCAAACAAAAUUAGAGUAUCUGCCUUAUUAGUUUUAAUACUCACUUUUGUGAGUAGUAGUUCUGGAGAAAACACAUAUGAAGAUAACACUUAUGAAUUUCUCAAGCGAGAGUAUUCGCUGACUAAGCCGUACCAAGGACUGGGCUCCUCCAGCUCCUCACACUGGGAGUUCAUGGGCAACACCAUGAUCAUGCCUGAACACAUACGGCUAACACCAGACUUGCAGAGCAGACAAGGAGCUGUGUGGAGUCGUAUUCCCUGUUACCUUAGGGACUGGGAGUUACGAGUGCAAUUUAAGAUCCAUGGUGAGGGCAAGAAGAACCUGAAUGGGGAUGGCCUUGCAAUAUGGCUGACCAAAGAGCGAAUGCAAAUUGGUCAAGUGUUUGGAAACGAAAAUCUUUUUACUGGUCUGGGUGUUUUUGUAGACACUUAUCCGAAUGAUGACAAGCAGCUUGAGAGAACGUUUCCUUUUAUCUCUGCAAUGGUUGGAAAUGGGAGUGUAGCAUAUGAUCAUGACCGUGACGGACGGUCUACUGAUCUUGGUGGAUGCACUGCUCACGUUCGCAACGUUGAAUAUGACACAUUCCUCUUGAUCAGAUACAUGAAGAACAGACUCACGGUUAUGAUUGAUGUUGAUGGGAAGCAAGAGUGGAAGGAUUGUCUGGACAUUCCUGGAGUGAGGCUGCCACAAGGUUACUACUUCGGAGUCUCGUCAGCCACUGGAGAUUUAUCAGAUAAUCAUGACCUGAUCUCCCUCAAGCUGUAUGAGCUUACAGUGGAACGAAGUCCUGAAGAGGAAGAGGAACAGCAGGAGAUCACAUUGCCUAGUGUAGAUUACCGAGUGGACCCUAACGUUCACGUGGAGGAUGAAGGAAGGAGCAUCAUCACCGUCUUCUUUCUCUUCAUUGUUUCUGUCGUUGCACUGGUUGUAGUGAUUGUGGUAAUUCUCUUUCUAUAUAAUCGCUAUAAAGAAAACCGCCGCAAGCGCUUUUACUGAGCAUAUUAAUGAGAGAGUGACAGGUAGGAAAUGGAACAAGAGAUCCAAUGUGAGUGCGACUAGCAUUUUUGCAAAGGACCUCUUCUGGUCCUUACCCCUGCCACCAACAGAAAGGACCUGAAGGCCAACGCUGAACUAAAAAAGCCAUACCUGACCUCUCCAAGUGGAAACUGAUCACCUCAAUCAUGAUUAUCAUCUCAAAAAACUGUUCAAAAGUAUUUGAAAGAGUGUGCGUCUGGUUUUGAAGGUCUCUCCAGACUUUUGUGUGCGUUUGCUGUAUUUUUGUACCGGUUACACUGACCCUGGCCUUUCACCCUGAGGCAGCACAGAGAACAAUGUGUGACAGCAUUUACAGAGUUAAACUGUUGUAAUCUCAGGUUGUCUAUUGUAAAGCCACUGCAGAAAUCCCCAGAGCCCCAGUUUUGUUUUUUUUUGUUUUUUAAUUGGACGGAAAUUGAUCAGAAGAAAAUAUGAAUGUGACCUCGACUUAGAAAUGUCAUGAUCUUUGUUACCAGUCUUCAGUAAAUAGCUGUGCCAAAAAAAACCAAUCUGUUACCAUCACUUAACUGUCAGCAAUCAUGUUUUAACUUAUAUAAGGAUGAAAACAUGAUUCAUUUUACAUGAUUUAUGCUGGCCAGCUUUACUGUCAUAAACAGACAGUAACAACUAUCAAUGUGAAUGUGAAGAAUAUUUUCCCCAAACUUCUAUUUUGUAAUAAAUACAGGUAAAUGUAGGUGCUUUGAUGUCUUUUGUUAUAUGUGGUCCCUUUUUAUGUAUUCAAAACUGCACUGAAUGGCCAUAUGUAGCUUAUCCAAAGUUACUUAGUCAAACAUAAUUUAACUAUUUUAGCCAUCAACUUGUGAUAAACCUUUGUUUUACAUGUCUCCAUGGCCUUAUUUGAAUAAUAUGUUUAAUAAUCUUGUUCCCCGGUAUCACAGACAAGGCUUAAGCCAAGUCUCAAACUAAAAUGCAUGUUUGAGCUGUUUUAACUGAAAGCAACUAGUACUGACAUAGCUUAAAAUAUGUCAGAGCCAUUGUUUUGUCUUAAGAUACACACCAGUAAUGUUUUAUUUCUAAGGCACAUUUAUAAAAGCCACUUAAAUGUCCUAAUUGAACUAAUGCCUAAUCCUGGCUCAAUCUAAUCCCUGUCUGUGAAACCAGGCCUUGCUAUAAUAGAAAUUGAUGACAUGACAUGUCUUGAAUUCCUGUAUCUUAAUAUCUUCCAUAAAAAGGCAGAGAUGCACUACUAGCAUUUGGCUGUUGCAAUGAUAUGCAAAGGGUUUUCCUUUUGUCCAUGUUUCAGUCUUUUCUUAUCACUUCUAGUCGCUGCUCUCUACAGUUAAGCAACAUUUGUUCAUUGUUUUAUACUGGGCAGAGAUUGCAUUGCUGUUCUCAUGAGCUCAGUGGUUGAGCGAGCUGCUGUAUCAAACUGCUGUUUAACGUUUUCAUGGUUGUCACAAACAUGUUGAACGAUAAAAAUUCUAAAUUAAACAUUCUAAGUUUGUCUUAUAAA